CACACACACACACACAAACACACAAACCACGCUCCCGUACACUAACCCCUCCGUGGCCGGGCUGUACUGAAUGCUUGUCGAGGCGGUCUAAUCUAAAAGCAAACCGGGAUACUAUGGAGCAGACGGUGUGUUGUCGGAGAUGCGAAAGUGCGUGAAUAAGUUGGCCUCCGCGGGGGAUGAAGUAUGUUAGGCGAUAAACGCUCAGAGCAACACGGAGAGAGACAUCUGAGUCAACGUAAUCCAUCUGGAUGAUGACGGCUUCGAUGAAAACACCAUUGCUCGUAUUUGUACACUGGGUGCUCCAGUACGCUGUGUGUCGCGACGUAUCUGUUCCUGUUGGGACCAUCUACCGCGUUGCAGGGUUCCCCCUCUCCCUGCCCUGCACUGUAUCAGGGUUCGAAGGCUCACGUACGCAGGACUUUGAGUGGUUCCUUUACAGGGAUGAUGCUGCUGGGAGACAGAUGGGAGUGGUGUCCACCAGGGACAAGGGCUUCCCUUACGCCCCUUUCCAGGCCCGGGUGAGGAGUGGGGAGGUGAGGGUGGAGAGGGACUCAGGGGACAAAGUCCGGCUAGUGAUCCAGAGGCUCCGGGCUGAAGACCAGGGGAAGUACGAGUGCUACACACCCAGCACAGACAGCACCUACCAAGGAAACUACAGCGCCACCGUGCCUGUCAAAGUGAUCCCCGACACACUCCAGAUUAGCUCUUCCCGUGUACUCGCCGGUCAGCCCGUGCCAGAGGGGGCCGAAUUAACGCUGACAUGCUCAGCCGGCAUCCAAUCGGAGCAGCUCACCCAUCUGUCCGUCAUGUUUGGGAAGCGUAGUGAUGGAGAGGGUUUGGGAAGUGGAGCAGGAGGGGAGGUCAGCACCGUUAGAGAGAUUAUCUCCAUCGACAAGCUGCUGAGGGUCAUCCCUGGACAUUUGUACAAGAAGCGGUACAAUGAUGGAGAGAUCAUAUUGGAGAAGAGGAAUGGGGAGGCUGGACAGGAUAUGUACGUGAUGAAGAUGAGAGCCGUGCAGCCGGACGACAGCGGCUCGUAUUUCUGCGAAGCCUCGCAGUGGAUUCGGGACCCUGAUCGAUCGUGGCAGAAGAUAGCACAGAGGACGCUGGAUAUUGGCAACUUGACCGUUCAGCAACUAGCGGAGUCUCUGAGUAUAACAUCCUCACCCAGAGGGGGGGUGACCCUGCAAGUUGGUUCCCCUCUUAUCCUGACCUGUGAGGUGUUGGGGCUGCCGCCUGAAGUAAACUCGGGCCUGCUGGUUCAGUGGAUGAAGAGGGGAUCAGUAAGCAGCGAUGUAACUGGGACCGGGGGAGUCGAGGUGGAGGUGGUCCGGAUGAGCCCAGACGGUGUUGUGAGUUGGGGGGACGACCUCAGCCGAGCAAGCUGGGGCUCUCUGGAAAAAGUGGCUGAGCGGAGGUACUCUCUGAAGCUGUUCGCAGCCAGGCCCUUAGACUCAGGGGUGUAUCGGUGUGUGGUCAGUGUGUAUGCUGGAAGAGCAAACCCUGGCCCUGCUACUCCUGCAACACUCACCCAGAGGUCUGAGGGAGUCACCGUGAACCUCACGAGCAGCGAUGUGCUAGUUGCAGCUGUGGCUCAGCUCCCUCGAGGCCCCCUGUUAAAACGAGGCAGCACCAUCACCCUGAUCUGCAACGCCACCGUGACAACCACAGGUCCUGCCCAGACAGAGGUGCAGUGGCUGCGUUGGCCAAUCCCUGUUAUCAAAAAGGAACAGAGCCCAGCAUCUGAUGUUACUCUCCCAGACCCGCCUGUGGAGGAAAACCCCAAGCUGGUAGCCAGCCUCAUGUACGACGGUGUUGCAAAGAUCUACACCAACGGUAGCGAGGUUAGCGUCGACCGCCUGUCAGCUAGCAGCUACAGACUGAGGGUCCACGCAGCAACAAUGGAUGACCAGGGCAUGUAUGUGUGUCGUGCCCAGGUGUGGGGUCAAGUCCCACAUGGAGGCUGGUACAACACGGGGGUAAAAGCAGAGUCAAAGCCAGUGACUGUGUACCUUUAUGCCAGAGCUGCUGAUCUCCUCCUCAUCCCUUUGGUUAUUGGAGUCUCCUCUGCCUUGUUUGUGGGCAUCGUCAUCAUUGCAACGGUAACGUGUUGCUUCAUGAAGCGACUGGCAAGGCAGCGCACCCCAAAAUAAGUGUCCACUGCCGCCGCCUGUCUGAAGUCUGAAUGUCCGCAAAGAGGUGAUGCACAGAACAUAAUGGAUGAAAAAAUGAAAAUUACUGCCAACCUGUUAGCUGAUUUUCUGUGUUUUGACCUACCGGUUUAACAAUCAAUGCCAAAAAAUUCUGUUUUAUAUUCUCUCGUAUUUUUAUAUCUGAACUUUCUCUGAAAACACAAAUGUUAGUGAUUGCUGUAUCACGCACCAGUAGGCGUAAUAAUCUAGAUUUUUGACUCUCCAAUCCAACGACCUAGUGGGCAAAGACUUACACAUUGGAUCUGUUUCCACCUUAACAGUAAAAGCUUAACCCACCUUUUUAAUAAUCUCGUUUUCCCAGCCUGUCAUUCUGUUUCAAAUGGAAAAGGGUAAA